UGCAGGAUUGCACCAAGAAAAACAUCGCCCUGAGAGAUAAAAAUGUGGAGUCUAGUUUAUAAAUUUAUUAAUUUAAUGUUUAUAGAUCAGCGCAAUGUAAACAUAAAUAUUCUAAAGGUUUGGCCGUUAACUUUAUGAAGGCCUAACUUUAUACAAUAUGACCUCAAUUACUAUUAGAGUCUAGAUCUAGAAUUAGAUCUAGUCCCACAGACACCAGUUUAAAUUCUAGAUUUAGAGUCUCUAUAAAUCGAUGUCUAGUCUAGCCAAAUGUGUUUUGUGACACGAUACAAUCGUACAUCGUAAACUUCAACUCCUAGGCACAACAAACAGAUCAAUGUGGAACCAAAGACAGUGUCAGCUGCUCCAAUGCUCAACGUUAUUUUAGUAAGAUAUGUAUUCGUCCUAUUUGCCUACAAUAUUCUUGUCAUCAAAUCUAAGACUAAAGCGUCUAACUGUCCACCGGGGUAUUUUGGUUUAGAGUGCAUGAAGAAAUGUCCAACGUCAUGCUACGGUACUUGUGACUUGAAUGGAGGAUGUUCUCACUGCUCCCAGGUAGGCCGUAGGCUUCCUUAUUGUAACCAGACUUGUUGGCCUGGAACUUAUGCUUGGGAUUGUUUAAAGAAAUGCAGUGAAAAUUGCUUGAAAGAACAAUGUGAUGCAGUCACCGGACAUUGUCUUAAGUGCAAAGAAAUUGGUGUCGAGCUACCCAAUUGUACCAAGAAAUGUGAGCCUGGCUCAUACGGUCUGAAUUGUGCAAGUCGGUGUCCACUCAGCUGCAAGGAUUUAUGUGAUCCAGUUGAUGGUACAUGCAGCCAGUGCGUUGUUGGUAGCGGUGAGCACUGCACAGUCAAUUGCGCAGCAGAGAGUGACCAAGAAAUGUGUAGGCUUUACUGUCCAUCCCAAUGUCUGACUUGGUGCAACACCAGUACAUCGCAUUGUGCUUUGUGUUCUCCGGGGUAUACCCCGCCGUUUUGUAAUACUACUUGCCAGCCCGGUCGCUACGGCAACAACUGCGACAAACGUUGUUCCGGACGGUGUAAAGAUGAACGAUGUGAUCCAAUCAGCGGUGCAUGCUUCAGCUGCACUGAUGGUUACGUAGGUACCAAGUGCAACGGUCAGUGUAUCAAAGGUUUCUAUGGACAGAACUGUGAUCUGGCAUGUCCAGAAACGUGCCUAGACGGCUCCUGUGAUUUUGUCAACGGCAGUUGCUUUCAUUGCCAAGACGGUUACCAAGGCUCGCAGUGCAACGAGUUGUGUAAGAUUGGUAAAUACGGACAGAACUGUUUCUUGGAUUGCCCCAAGAACUGCCUGAAAACGUGUGAUCCGGCAACUGGAGUAUGUUGGCGCUGUUUAACUGGUUACAGGGAACCUCACUGUAACGUAACGUGUGAAGAAGGAACCUUUGGAGAUGGUUGCAGUGAGAUGUGUCCCCCUGAAUGCGUUUGUAAUCAUAUCACUGGUAAAUGCAACAAUUGCCUGAGCGAUCCUUCGCUUCCUGGCUGUGAAACAGUUUCACCUAAUAACAACAGCACAAGAAACAUGUUAGAGCUUUCUUUAUAUGUAAUAGGAAGUAUGCUGGGACUCGUGCUUUUCUUGGCCUUCAUUAUGUGGAUGUAUCAAAAACAUUUGCAUUCAUUUUGGAGUCAAGCAAUUCGAAUGGUACAUUUGAACUCAAGAGAAACUAUUGACAUGAAUAGAGGACAGGGAAGUAUUGAAGACGAUUCAGACAAGCUUACAAAAGAAAACUUAAACAUCUAUACUGCUAUGAAAGAAAAUGAAGAGCUCGAAAGACAAAGAAAGCUUGUUAAUUACCUCAGAAAUCAUGGCAAAACAUAUACACCGCUGGAAUAUGAUAAAACAGAACUUAGAAUACAGUAUCUGAAACAAAAUAAAACUUAUCAACCCUUAUCAUCACACGACGUUCCUGAAACGUCUUCGCAAUGUGCACAUGUAAAAAUGGCGUCUCCUCGGGUUCAUGUAUCCAUCUCGCACGCGACUGUCAUGGGAAGUAAAACGGGGCAUGAUGCUAUAAAUAGACCGAUACAUCCACCUCACCUGAGACAACUUCAAGCACAUGAUGGUGUUACGUCUGCUAGGGCCUCCUAUAGUUUUCCACUGAAACUCAAAGACGAGAUAACGUCAGAUAAUACACGGAACAAAAUGAAGUCAAGCGGCGAACAAAGUUUCAAUCUCUCGGAAUUGGCAGCAACUAACGAAAUGAAUAAUGACAAGUUUAUUCUACAAUCCUCACAACUGUUUCUGAUUACUUCAGCCAAUGACCAGCACGUGACCAACAUGACGUACAUGUCGGAUACACGAAGUAAACUGUCUGAAUCUAUCCAAAUAGCAAACAGAAAGUCAUUUAUGUUGGGCCGAAACAAUGCCAGUGCCGAUUCACUUUACGGAAUAACCUCCCAAGAAUUUGUCUCUGAAGGUUCUAAAUCUGCAAAAACCGAACACCCAGUGCACCAGGACAUUAUUCCAAUGGAAAACAUGCAUAGUAAUUUCGUGAAGAAAGUCAGGUCAGAACAAAGCAUUUCAAACGAACAUUCGAUUGCAGAGAAGCAGACGUCAAAACUAUUAAGUACAUCCACUUGGAUCUUUGAUCAACACAAAAUUAGAAGACAAAAUUCGGAAUUUCUCCUGGACACAUCAAAAGAAAUGAAUGAUUCGAACUAUCUCGAUAUUCGUCCAUCUGUGAAUGGCAAAGGUUUAACAAACGAUGUCAAUUUGUUGUCCCUCGAGAAUCCAUCGCCUGUAUUGUCCGAGAAAAAUGGUCCACUGGGCAAAUGUCCAAGAAGAUUUCAGGUUUCUGCAUCGAAACUGCUGGCUAGAGAAGUUCAAAGUGACACAUUAGAGUCUCUAACAGAGAGUACGAUGUCCGAGGCUGAGGAGGAGAGUAGCGAAACAGCCUCGCGAGACAUGCCUGCCUUCCUUGCAGUAGACAGUGACUCCACGCACAAUGAGGACAAACAGCUACCCAAAGGUCACAGUUCGAAAAGAUUUCAGAAUAAGAGCAAAACCUCUUCAGUAAGAAAAAAUUACAGAAAAGUUUCCCCUCCGAAAUGCCUUCACAGUGAUAAAACGACAGGUUUAGAUGUAUACUUCAACCAAGACAGAGUGAACAAAGACAAUCACCGACCCACAUACUCUCAUGUGGACAUUCCUGGCAACACCAAACAUGCUCUAGGUGCCAGGCUGUCCACUUCUGCUACCGUAAAAGGCGACAGCCCUAGACUUGUCCGCUGUGCAACAACCCGUCAGCUAUCUCCUAUGUAUAGCACUAGAAGUGCUACAGCCAAUCGGCUUACUCCCCUCCCCACACCGCCACCAGAGGGCAGAAUGCACCUUAGACAUUUAGCAAGGCUUGCUAGUUCCUCCAGCAUUCUAGAACAAAACGAACCAGAAUAAUUGUUGAACCAUCUCUUAAACCUUAUUUUUAAAAUGUUCUAAGUUAAGUGACUUAAUCUAGGUGUAAUGGCAUUAUAAUCUAUAAUUGAGAUGUAAUAAAAUUAUAAUCUUGGUGCAAUGGCAGCAUUAUAUAUAAUCAAGAUGUUACGACAUUAUAAUCUUGGUGUAAUGAUAUUUACUCUAGGUGUAAUGACAUUGUAAUCUAUAAUUUAGGUGUAAUGAAAUUAUAAUCUAAGUGUAAUGAAUGACAUUAUAAUCUAUAACCUAGAUGUAAGGAAAUUAUAAUCUGUAUAUCAGGUGUAAUGAAAUUAUAAUCUAUAAUCUAGGCGUGAUGCCAUUAUAUUCUCAACAGAAAAGUGAUUUUAAAUACUUAUUAUAACCUUAUUCUUCUAAGUUUGGAUGGCAAUUUGUACUUUAUUUUUGUGAAUAAAUUUAUGUUUUUAUUUUA